AUGCAGCUCAAGUCCCUCCUCGUCGCUGCCGCGCUCGCUCUCUCCGCCUCAGCCGCCCCCGCAGUUGAGAAGCGCCAGGGCUACUCCGACUACUUCCCUCCCAUCGGCGAGAUGGCCUACUGCCUCAACCCACUCAACGCCCCUGCCUGCGUCGCCGCCAACGGGCACGCCGAGGUCGCGUCCAGCGCCGCCGCGCGUCUCUUCCCCCGCGACACGCUGCACAACGGGCGGGGCGACGCGUUCCGUCACUGCUACUGGAACGCGCGCAUGGUCAUCGACAUUGGCGCGACCAAGGCCAAGGAGAUUGCGGAUAACCACGAGAUCUACUCGGACGGGCCUAAUGAGGAGAAGUUGAUGGAUUAUGCGAAUAAUGACACCGGACGCAGGAUUGGAGGGAUUGCGUAUGGUGCGAAUAAGAACGCCAAGUAUACGUAUGUGGAGGAUUUGUGCAGGACCUUUGCUAUCAACGGUUUGUUGGUUACUUUGAAGUAG